GGAGUCUGCAGCAGUGGUGACCGCCGUGGCGCCCUCCAGUCCCCCGCAGAUGGCCAGCACGAGUACCCACAAAGACGGCGGUCGGGCCAUCCCUCCUCUUCAACCUUAGCUAGAGGAAAGACAGGAAUUUAUCAACCUAGCGGCGUGGGUCUAGUGGUGCGAUGACGAGCAUACUUACUUCACAGCUGAACUCCGGGAUUCGAAUGUCAGUUUUUCAGCUGCCACUCCCUAGCCUUCAUUCGCGAGGCAGAGAACAGGUCAAUAAUGUCCUGUGCUGUGAUGGUGAUGGUGGCAGCGGCCGCGAUGGGACUCGGGGAAGUGGAGGCGGGAAUGGCCUGCAUCGCCAACCCCUGCAAUAAUGGGGUGUGUGUUGACCACCUCAACAGCAGUACCUUCCACUGCUUCUGCGAGGACGGUUUCACGGGACUGCUGUGUCAGACCAACUGGGACGACUGCUGGUCCGCGCCUUGCCUCAACGGGGCCACCUGCACAGAUCUGGUGGCCGGCCUCUCUUGCACUUGUCCCCCGGGGUACACAGGAGAGUUUUGUGAGUCUGAGAUCAAUGAGUGCCGCAGCAACCCGUGUCAAAACAACGGCACCUGCCAGGAUAUGCUGAACCACUACGUGUGCUCCUGCCCCACAGGCUACUCUGGGGAGAACUGUGAGAUUGAUGUGAGUGUAUGCAACUCAUCAUCACUAUGGGCAGGAGAUUCACCAAAGUGUCUCCAUGGUGGGGUUUGUGUAGAUGGUCCAGGUCUCUCCUACACUUGCCUCUGCCAACCAGGAUGGACUGGAAAGAGAUGUGAGGAAGAUGAGGAUGAAUGCCGCCAAACACCGUGCCAAAAUGCUGCCAUAUGUGUCAACACACCUGGUGCCUUUGCCUGUGCUUGUGAGUUUGGCUUCACUGGCCCCCUGUGUGAGGAGAACCUGGUGUUAUGUAAGCCAAAUCCAUGCAAGAAUGAUGCCCUUUGUGUGAUGGAGGAGCAUAAUGCUACCUGUUACUGUGUGCCUGAUUAUCAUGGGCCACAGUGUCAAAAACAGUACAAUGACUGCCUGCCUUAUGCACCCAGAUGUAUGAAUGGUGGUGUUUGUAUUGAUGGAGUGGACAGUUUUAAGUGCAGCUGCCCUGACUUUGCUUCUGGAGUGCUCUGCCAGUGUGUUAACACAUCUGAAGGACAGCAGUGUCAACCACUUCCCCAUUGGUUUGAAAACAAACCCUAUCAACCAAAUGUUCCUUUUGACAGAAAAAAUUUUGAUAUUCAGUUCAACAUAAGCUUUCCACAGGAUGACUCCGUGACAACAGUGAGAGAUGUGUACAUGACAAGUGUUACUGAUGCUGCAGAAUUUCCCAGUGCAAUAGUGACAAGUGACCAUUUGGUAUCUAGCCUGAGAACACCCUUGUUCUCUUUGGACCCCAUGGAUGUUUUUACACCAUCACCUGUGAUCAGUGCCAAAAUCUCGCUGGUGUUCAGCGAGUUUCCAUCAAUCACUGUGCCUUACUUUUCCAGUGAGAUAUAUGUGUCUCCCUCUCCCUCUAGCAGGAUUGAUUCUUCUUUUUUGGAAUCAAGUAUACCUAUGCAGCCAACACCAGUGCUUCCGGUCCUGACUUCCUCUCCGGCACCUGAAGAGUCUGUUACAUUUUAUGAGUACCUAACUGAAACUAGUGUGCUGCUACCAACUCCCACCACUACCUUAGAGGGGUCUUUCCCCACUCCUUCGACUGAAUCCAUAUCUCUUUCUCUUACAUUAGUAGAUGUUCUGGAGACUUCCAUCAUUCCCCCCAUGAUCACCACCGCCCUCACCCCAGGCGACCAGACUACAAGGAUAUCGGUCAUGGAUGGAGUGGACACUUUCAGCACUGUAUCUCCAUUCACAGUCCCAUACGUCUUCACUUCUGUUGAAUUAACUCCCACACCAGUCUUCCCUUUGGAUGCUGUCUCCACACCAAGACCUUCAUUAGAAAUAGCUGCCACACCUACAUUUCCCCCAGAACUCUACACUACCGUUUCUGUUCCUGAGAUUUUCAUCACACAUAUGCCUCCUACUGAUGUUACAACUCCUUCAACUCCUCCUCCAGAAACUGAUGUUAUUCUGACUCUCUCCAGUGAUACAACUCCAACCACUACUGAAACUGAUAUCACAAAGACCUCACCUGACAUUGACAUCUCUUCAACUCCACUCGGGAUUGAGACAACACCAACUCCUCCCACUGAAACUGAGUCCACUUCAACCUUCUUUUCUGAAACUGACACCACUUCAACCCAGCCUGAAGUUACCCUCUUAUUAACUUCACCUGAGGGCGAGACCACUCCAACUCCUGAAGUAAAGACGACUCCAAUCUCUGAUGAGACCACUUCAACUCCUGUGACUAAGACCUCCCUCACUGUGAUACUUGAAACCACACCAACUCCAAAACCCAUGACAACUGUUAGUCCAGCUGAAGACUUUACAACUUCAACUCAGCAUACGGAAGUUCUCACAUCCCCUCCCUCUGAUGUCCCCACCACACUGCCCUCUCCACCUCAAGUCUACACUACCUCUCAGCCUCAUGAUGUCUUCACCACUGCAUUCCCUCCAACAAAAGUUUCUCCUGUCAUGUGUGGAAAGAGCUACUGCCUUAAUGGAGGCAUUUGUCAUAUCAUCAAUGGCAGCUCCACAUGUGAGUGUCCAUUCAAUUACCGGGGUGCAUCCUGCCAACUCUAUUUCUACAUAAACAAGCCAUAUUUUGUUGGUGCCUCAUACCUGGGCUUAGAUGUAGGCAACAUGUCCUUGCGGACAGGUGUUCAGGUAUAUGUACAGUUUACAUCUCAGGAAGAAAAUGGUCUUGUGGCAUACAGUGAGGGUCCUGGCGAAGCUUUCUUCAUGUUGUUACUGAGGAACUCCCUCCUGCAGUUUGUCUUCUCCUGUGGUCUCAAUACAGUGUCCUUCCUCCAAGGCAAUGAAAAGCUAACAAGAAACUGCCUCACAGAUGUCUCUGUCAGGAUGUGGUGGACUCCUUAUCUUCAUGAUACGCCAUGGGGACCUGGAAAAUGCAGUGCAUCACUGCAGGUAAAUGGCACUGACCCAGUGUAUAGUGAGCAGAAAGCCUGGAGUCCCCUUGUCCAGCUUGGUCUGCUGUACCUUGGUGGGCUGCCCUCCUCCUACUCAUCCCCUCUGGUUGUCAAGGCUGGCUUCCUCCCCAGACUGAAGGGCUGUGUCUCCCUCUUAGAGGUGAAUGGCCAUGAAAUGGACAUGUGGCUUGCUGGUGUGUCUGGAGAAAGAGUUCAAGAGUGUGGUACAGCUCCCUGUCCUCCCCAGUCAUGCUACAAUGGUGGUUCCUGCAUUCCUGGCCCUGCCUUGUGGUCCUGCCAGUGCCCAAAAGGGUACCAGGGAGAGCUGUGUGAGCAUGCUGAGUGUGAGGGAGUUACUGGUCCCUGUCACAGUGGCAGGUGUGUUCCCACUGUCCACAGCUUUGUCUGCCUCUGCUCUGGUCAGCGACAUGGUCUUUAUUGCGAGUUGGAAAGUGUUGUGGAGCUCCCAUCCUACAGUGGCAGUGUGGCCGGCUACAGCUCUUACUCCUCGUACAGGAUUGACCAUGAUAUAAGACAUACUUUGGCCUUAAGAUUACAUUUCAGUACACCAACACUGCAACAGGUAGGAUUGAUGGCAUACAUUGGCAACAGCAUGAGGGCCUCUGUCCGGGAUUUCCUGGCCCUCAGCCUGGUACGUGGACACUUGAUGCUGACGUGGGACCUUGGAGCUGGUCCACGAAGGAUAGUAACACUGGAGCCCCUAGACCACACACUGCACACACAUUCUGCUCUUGUUGGUCGGCAGGGGCGCUGGGCCUGGUUUGUGGUGGAUGGCCAGAAGAAUGUCUCUGCCAAAGCUCCAGGGUUCCUCUCAUCCCUCAACACAAAUAACCUUAUUUACAUUGGAGGUCAUCCAUCUUGGAACAUGAGUCACCUCCCAGCAGACAUGUGGCGUCACAGUGGCUUCCAUGGCUGUGUCUUUGACCUGCGGGUGGCCAAGUCUCCAGUAGGGCCCUGGACUGCUGUUAGAGUGGCCGCUACCUUUAAUGUACAGGAGUGUGGCAGGGAUCCAUGCCAAGCCAAUCAGAAGCCUUGCCACAAUGGAGGUACCUGCAUUGCCCUCGGUGCCACUUUCAGAUGUGAGUGCUCUUUGGGGUGGAAGGGUGCCAGGUGUGAAAUCCCUAGCCACCUGUGUGAAGGCAGUGAAAAAUCAUGCCAUCCUGGAUCAUCGUGUCAAACCCUCAAAUCACUUGAAAGGGAGACACCAUCUUGCCUUUGUCACUUGGGCAGGACAGGUACACUCUGUGAUCAAGCCAUGAAUAUCACAGACCUUCAGUUCUCUGGCGAAGGGUCUUACACCAGCCUUCCAGCCACCAGAAGUCUCCGUCGGGAAUCCCACAUCACAAUGUCUUUCAAGCCAGCCUCUCCUAAUGGUAUUUUGUUUCUUGCAUUGCCUGUGAGAAACUCUGGAGAUUUCAUGGCCCUUGUGCUUGUCAAUGGCACUUUACAGUUUACCUUUUAUCUUGGCUUGCAUGCUCCUGGACUAGUCAUGCUACAUUCUGAGGCCAUGGCAAAGUUGGGUGAGUGGCAGACUGUGACAGUAUCAAGAGUGGAAGGCACUGGCUCAAUGACAUUCCAUGGCCACACAAUUCGGUCUGUUUCUCCAGCACCAACCCAUUCUGCAGCCCUGCUUGAUAUUCACACUGAAGUGUUCAUAGGUGGAGUGCCAGACUACUCAGUGGUGCCUCUUGGUGCAGCACCUGAAGAGGGACUGGUAGCCUACCAAGGCUGCAUUAGACAGAUCAUCAUAAAUGGAAUAGAACAUGACCUGCGUGUUCCUGAUGGGGAACUUUUACGUGGAGUUGGGCUGGGAGAUUGUGAUGGCACCCCAUGUGGACAUCAGGUCUGUCUCCAUGGCGGCACCUGCACACCAGCUGGUGACACAUUUGUCUGCACAUGUACUCAGAAUUACUUAGGGAGAAGGUGCCAACUGCCUCGAGCCUGCCUUAAUCACCAGUGCAUUAAUGGUGCUGCCUGCAUCCCCAUUGAUGAGCCCCUUGGAAGGCAGAAACGCCUACAGAAAUCUCUAGGCAGUUCCACAAUCUCUUCAACAACGUACAUGUUUUUUGAUAGACCAGAUGGUGACUGGCCUGAAGAAGUAGUAAAGACUUAUAUCAAAGAAGACUCUAAAAUACAAAAAGAGGGAAGAAAUGAGUCUGCUAAUGAAAAAAAAAGUGUUAUUGGAGAAAUGUUUGUUACAGGAAAUGAAGAUCUGAGUAGAUUUAGGGAAGAAAGAAAAAAAGGCCAGAACAUGAGAAAAACAGAAAAAGACUCAAACAAAAAGGGGCUAAUAAAGAAAAGAGAAGUGAAGGGAGUUAAUGAUCAUUAUCGAUGCCUGUGUCCCCCAGGAUAUUAUGGCAUACAUUGCCAGACAGCUGGUGGCUGGGGAGGUGACAGCCUGGGCGCCAAGUUCAGUGGAUACAGUUUUGGGGUGGUGGGCAGUGGAGGGCAGCAUGGCUCUCCUACUCCUAACUUGGAUUCCUUUGCACUUAACUUCACCACCUCAGCCCUCCAUGGACUCCUUCUAUGGCGUGGACAGGUGGAGGCACCAGGUGAAGAUUACCUGGGAGUGGGUCUUGAGGGUGGCCGGGUGAAAGUUGUUUGGCACCUGGGUGGUGGCAGCCUGGGACAUCUCCUUGUGAAAGAAGCUGUGAGUGAUGGUCAGUGGCAUAGUCUGGUGGUUGUUCGCCAUGGUAUUGUUGUCACAACGUUCCUAGAUGGCCAUCCCCAAAAGGCUUCCUCAUCUGGUACUUAUACACAGCUUAACGACCCUCAUGGACUUUUUUAUAUUGGUGGCUUCCCUGGUGAAAUACCUAUAAAAUAUGGAAGUGAGGGACACUUCCAAAAACCUUUUGUGGGCUGCAUGAGGGAUGUGACAGUACACCAGAGCUCAUACCCUAUCAGGUUCUCUUCCCUAUCUCAAGGACAAGAUCUGCAGCCUUGCUCUUGAGAUGAUGGAACUACAAGGUCAGCGAUUGGGUUGUUCUGAUACAACACUACCACCACAGCUCUUCCAGUCACCACACCUGUCACUGGCAUGUGCUCCUCAUCAGGAGAAUGAUCAUGCAGCCCCCACACCACAGCAAUGCUGUUACAUUGGGUGUGACAUCCCUUUGUGGUAGUAAUCAUCAAAUUCUACAAAUCUUGAAAAAACAAAGGCAAGUAUAUGAUAAAAUUAUAGUUAUGAUAUUGUAAUUAAAUAUCAGAAUGCUUGUAAUAGAUUUCAGAGGUUUAGGCUGAUGCCAUCACUAUUGAAAUGCUUGUAAUAGAUUCCAGAUUUGGGAGAGGUCUAGGCAGGCCCCAUGCUAAGAAGUUAUUAGUCAAGUGCCAUAAUUUUGAUGUUCAAUCAGAUGGACCUACAUAAUCAUGAUUUUAUGAAGCAUGUAAUGUUUCAUAAUGCAGGAGAGUGGAAGGCAUCAAUGGUGUGUUGAGACUUCCAGUAAAAUAUUAAAGUACAUACAGCUUUACUGAGUGUUGUCACACUUACUGGUAAGUUAAUAUAACAUUCUGCAUUACAGAAACCCUUUCAGGAUAAUUUAUAUCUUAUUAAAACUGAAUUAUUGUUGUAAUUAUCAUUACAGGACUCUAUUUGAUUUAUAAGAUAAGAAAUAUGGUUGUCAGUAAUACUUUAAUAAGGAUAUAUUUCUGAAGCUUUGUUGAAACUUUGACAAGAAAUUUUUCCUUUCAUUCAGUUUUAGCCACGAAGAUUGCCAGGUUGUUCACAGUAUAUUUUAAAAAGAAUGCUGUAAUUUUUCAGGAAAAGCCCAAAGUAGGUGAUGUUAUUGAAAAUAAAUAAGACAGUGAUACAAACAGUAAUUUGGCAAUGAUAUCAUCAAAUGCUGUCAAGACAUGACAUGAUAUUAUUAUACAAUAUAUUAAUAUAUAAUUCCUAUACUAUAUAUUCAGCAAGUUUUAAUGAACCAUAUAAGCAAGGAUAAAUGUCUUCUAGAAAUCUCAUCUCUGAGCACAUUCAGUUAAGCUACAAUUUGACAUUCAUAAUUAUAUUUCUAAAAUUAUUUUUAGAAUUAUAUUUUAAAUAUACAACAGUAUAUUGUAAUAUGAUGUAUUUUAUAAUAUCUGAAUAAAGUACUUAGUUCAAUGAAUGCACACACACACACACACACACACACACACACACACACACACACACACACACACACACACACACACACACACACACACACACACACACACACACACACACACACACACACACACACAAUGAAAUGCAUCACUGCAGUCACCAGUGAAUGCCUCUGAAGCAGAAAGUUGCAAGGAGUCAUCAUCAGACAAAAUCUGACAACUAUGAGAAUAUUUUGAUAGCUGAUAGUACACACAUGUUUACUACUGGUUUAUCAGCCCUUGUAGUUCCUAAUCGCAAUCAGAUCAAUCAUAUUGCUGAACCAGCUGUCAUAUAGCAAUAUAACACCUCUAGGCCUGUGUCACAUCAGAAACAGUCACAGACCAUAAUUAACUAUAAGAACUUAAUAUGCAUGGCCAUUUUUCCAAUUGGAUAUGCUAUUCAUACAUACAACUUAAAGAAUUUCUGCUGAGGAACCAAUGUUGUACAUGCAUACAACAUUAUAAUACUAGGGUGCAUGGGAUGUUUUGAAACUUAGUUUUGUAGGUUUACAUGCACAUAUUGUGGAACAUGGCAUCUGUGCUGUGAUGUCAUGCCAUCCUGUAUGAUGACAAUGCUUGAACAUGUUAGUUCUGUAUUGUUAUGGGGUUGGUCAUCUGCACAGUGCAAUGCUGGGCUUAUGGCAGAAAGGUUGCAAGCUCAAUCCUGGUCAUAGUAGCUUCUCAGUGAGGGAUCUGUAGUGCUCUUUUGUAUCCUUAGUAGAGCUAUAUGGUCUUAGCAAUCUAGCUUGGGAGAUUCUUUAAUCAUUUUCAUGUAUUGCUCUGAUACAUUCUUUAUCAAUUUUUACAUAUAUAUUUUUAUCUAUUUCAAAUUGGGCAUUUGCAAUGGUCUGGAAAAACUGCCAGAUUCACCAGUUGACUUAAUUUUAUGCAAAAAAAAUCAGUACGGUGGAAAAAUCUUUGUCAUUUGUGUUAUCAAGCCAACUAAUUAACUAUUAUUUUAGCCAACCUCAUUAACUAGAGAGCAAAAAAAUAUAACAAAACAAGCUAAAUAUUGUGCACACUGUCUUGGGGCAGGGAUGUAUCAUCACCUUGGGAUGAAUGCUAUUUUUUCAUCUCUAUAUAAGUUUACUUUACCCAUUUAAGUUAUACAAAUAACAUAAAACUUUACAAAUCCUGGGAUAUAUGAAAUAAACAAAAAAAAAUUUUGAUGUAAAAUUUCAGCAGGACACUGGUGAAGAUUGUCUGUUGAUGUUGAGUCUCCCAAUGUCUUCUCAGUCAGAGCUGUUUUUUGUCUGUUUACAUCGUGUCUCCCAUCAUCUUCUCUGAGUUACGGAUUUCUUCUUUGGAAAUAGAAACCCAUCCUUUCACACCUUUGUUCUUCUUUCAUGAUAUGUUUAUGCAAGCAACCACAGCACAUGUAUAGACCAAGGUUUUACAACAGCACUGCAAACUCAUAUCUCUGGUGUUUUGGAGAAGUCAUUGUGUUUGAUAUCAGCUGGUUCUUCCAUCUUGGUAUGGUUUUGGCACAGUAUCCCUGCAGCACAAAUAAUACUUACUCAGUUUUUUUCAGGAUUUGCUAAAUAAAACAUUAUUUCCUGUAGAAACCAAUAGAAAAAAAUGUUUGAAACUAAAUAUGUAAUAGGAGACUAGAAUAAAUGUGAAAACACUGAGAGCCUAGUUGCGAAUAUUUAGGUCCCUGUUCUGCUGAGUGUGCAUCACUAGAUCUCGUGGAUACUGUUACCAUAAACACUUAGGAUUAAUGUUUUGUAGCAUAUAGGUACAGUAUAUCAAAAUUAUCACCAGAUUCUAUUUUAUAAUGUGCAUUUCCAGAGAUUUGUGGGAGCACAUACUGAGUCUUAGAUUAAAACAGCAGGUGAUCACCAUUAACUCAGACUAUUGUGAAUGCCCCAUUUGAAUAUAUGUAGAAAAUUAAAGCUGCUGGCACAUCAGCCUUAUGAGCUGGGAAUACCAUUACAUCAUACCCUUUCUGGUCUGACCCACUUGAAUGUUACUGCUUACAAUUAUUUUCUUAUCACUACAGCAUCCUCUGACAUGGACUGAUUAUGAUGAUGCCCUGAAGAGCAAGUCAGAGGGCUUUGAUAGUACACAGACAUUACUUUUUAAGUGACAAUGAUGAGGUAUAACUGCCUGAAUCAUAAAUAAUUAACACCCCAGAUAUUGAGUGGUGCAGAUGGUGAAACUACUCUUGGAGGGAAAGUGAAAGACACUCCAAAGAGGAGUUAGAUUUUAUUUAGAAAGCCAUUCACCAAUAUGUUUUGAGAAAGAUGAGUGGAGGAUUUGGCAGAAUCUUCUACCACCAGAUGUUUCACACCAUGAAGCAGAUUACAUGCCUUUUAUUGCCAUAUCUUUCCUUCCUUCAUUUGAGAAGCUGUGUGCUAAACUAUCAACAGUUUACACAGUUUAUCUACCUAUCUAUCUCCUCUCCAGGAGUGUCCCCAAAGAAGGUGGUUAUGGCAGAUGAGCCUCUGCAUUUCAAUACCCAAACAUUCCCUUCUUGUUUAAGUGUUUGUUUUUCACUAACAUCUCUUUCAUACAUAUACUCCUUUAUCCUUUCCUUUCAUUUUCAUUUUCACUCACAUACACUUUAUUUACAAAUUCUUCACCCUUCAUCCUCUCAGCAUGGCCACAUCAUCUCAAUAUCUUCCUUCCCACCUACUCCAGUACUCCACAAAUUACAACACACACAGGUCCUCAUACAUAUUUUCAUUGAUCUUGCUUUCUCGUUUGUUACUUCACAUGCCUCUCUCAGAUAACUAUUUCUGUAGCAUACCCUUAAUUGCUGUGCCUUAUUUUAUUUCCAGGUUUCUGAUCUACACAUCAUCGUUGGCAGAAGAGCACUAUUCCUUAAAUAAACCACAACUCACUUUUCUAGACAUGACUCUUGCUAGUGAUCGUGUAAUAUGCCUGCCUUUCAUAACCUUCCUACAGCCAGCACACUCAUCUUAUAAGGUAUCCAAAAGUCAUGCAUCCCCACUUCUUUCCUCUUAAGAAUUAUUGCCUUACUUUUCCCAAUAUUCACCUUCAGUUUCUACUUCAUACAUAUCCUAUGGAACUGAUCCACCACUCUCUGAAGUUACCUUUCACUCUUCUAGUAAGACAUCAACCACUGCUGCCCAUUCCACUCCAUUUUAUUUCAGUCCUCCACCAACAUUUCCUACUUAACUUUCAUCGUUAUCAUACAGCCAUCCCUAGAAAUAUUAAACAACCAUUGAAACAUCUCUCAUCUCUGUCUCACUCCUGUUGCAGCAAAACUCUCUCCAAAGGAGGUCUUAAUACCUUCCAACAACUGCCCUCCUAUACCACAAAUUUUAAGAACAUAUCAAAGGGUUCCCCUGUAUGUAAAUGUACAAUAAUAGUCUUCCUCCUUUCACCUGAUAAUUUUUAUCUCUAUGUCAGUGUACACAAUACAGGGAUCCAAUCUGCCACUUCAGUAAAACCUCCAUAACUCAGCAUAACAGGGACUCAGCCUUUACCAACUUAUCAAAAUUCUGAUUUAUGUGAAAUAUCACUUAAAACCUUUGGAAACCUUUCCUGCAGGCUCAGGAUCUUUAGUUUCAUCCCUCUAGACUAUAGCCUUUCUUCCCUUUGCACCUUGCUUUGAGGACAUGACAUUGAAAAGGGCUGCUGGUUCUGGUUCAGGUUGGAACUUGGGAGGCUUAGCCUUUGCAAUGGCACCUCCCUAAUGCAUUCUUCUUUACAGUUUAUUUUUGUAGUCUGAUCUGUUCUCUUGUUUCUCCCAAAUAUCACUAAAUUUUCCUUCUACUUUUUUCUCUUUUCCUCCAAAAAACUGUACAAUAUUUCUUAUGUUGUUUCAUUGUAACUGUUGGCAAAAAUAAGCUCACCAAUAAUCCAACCUUCAUUUCCUGUUUAUGGUCUACUCGUAUGUUAUUUAUUCACCUUUCCCCUCAGGUCCUCCUCUCUUCCCUUAUCCUCUCUUCUCAGCAGCCACAUGUAUCAUGCAACAUCUGUAGCAGUUUGGUUUAAGAGAAAGAGAAUGGACUGAUCACAAGGAUAUAGGAAGAGAGGAAGACCAGAAGACACAAGUAGGUAAAUUACAAAGACUGUGUAUAGAAAAUGAAGUUCAAAUUACUGGUGAUCUUUUUGAUAACAGUAACAUUGAGACAACAAAAAUGCUAUACAGUCUUUGGAAGUAAAGUGAGAAGUACAAAGAAAAUUCAGGGAUGUUUGUGAGAAAUAAAAGCAGAUCAGGCCACACACACACACACACACACACACACACACACACACACACACACACACACACACACACACACACACACACACAC